AUGAGGCUGCUGCCAGUUGUUGUUACAGUGUCACUAACGGUGGCGCUCGCUUAUUACGUUUACAUCCCGCUGCCGGAUGCCAUCCAGGAGCCGUGGAAGCUGAUGAUGCUGGACGCUGGGUUCCGAACAACGAUGCACCUGGCCUCUUUAAAGUCUUCGCUGGGUUUGGACCAUUACAUCACGUCAAUCAGGCAGUCCUCAGACCGGUUUGAAGGCAUGAUGAAGGGGCUGAGCAGCUCUGAGUCCGGCACAGGAGGGGUCAUGCCCGGAGUCAAAGUCAGCGACAUCACUUUCGCCGGCGUCCCGGUCCGUGUCUACGAGCCCCCGGCUGGAGGGGAGGGUCACCUGAGGAGAGGGCUGAUGUUUUUUCAUGGAGGAGGCUGGGCCCUCGGCAGUGCCAAAAAGGGGUCGUAUGAUACCAUCAACCAGAUGUUGUCCGACGAACUCAACGCUGUCGUGGUUUCUGUUGAGUACCGUCUGUAUCCAGAGGUGCACUUUCCAGUGCCGUAUUUAGACUGCCUUGUCGCUGCCAAGCACUUCUUGUCCCCAGAGGUCCAGGCCAGGUAUGCAGUUGACCCUGAGCGUGUGGCUGUGGCAGGUGACAGCGCUGGAGGAAACCUGGCUGCUGCGGUCGCUCAGGAGAUUUCCAUCGAUGACACUAUGAGUGUGAAAUUCAGCGUCCAGGCAUUGAUCUACCCAGUGCUCCAGGCUCUGGACUUCAACACGCCCUCCUACUUGCAGAACCAAAAUAUACCCAUCCUCUACCGGCACCUUAUGGUCCGCUUCUGGCUGCAGUACCUCGGUGCUGACCUCUCCCUGCAGUCUCAGUUGGUGGCGAACAACCACAGCUCCUUACACAACUCAAACAUCACCCCAGAGCUGAGGGCGCGGAUAGACUGGACCGUCCUCCUGCCCCCGAAACACAAGAAGAACUACAGGCCUCUGAUUGUGGAAAAGGGUUCACAGGAGGCAGGGAAGGAGAUGCCAAGGCUGCUGGAUGUGAGGGUGUCACCACUGUUGGCAGGACCGGAGGUUUUGGCUAAAUGCCCUCGAGCGUACAUCCUAACAUGCGAGUAUGACGUGUUGAGGGAUGAUGGCCUGAUGUAUGCGCGGCGCUUACAGGACGCGGGCGUCACGGUUACCCAAGAGCACUAUGACGACGGCUUCCACGGAUGUUUCACCUUUAUAACCUGGCCAAUGGAAUUCGAUGUAGGGAAGCGGGCACUCAGGGGUUACCUCAACUGGCUGCAGAACAACCUGUGAGAGUGUGUUUGUGUGUGUGCAAGUGAGUGAAAGAGUCUUUAUGAGUGCAUGCAUGUGUGUGUGAUUGUUUUACUGAUAGGAGUGAACUAGUCCUUGCUUAAUGAAUCUGAGCUCUUUUGUUUAAAAUAGAAGCUCCUCCGGCACGCACGCACACACACACACACACACACACACACACACACACACACACACACACACACACACACACACACACCCUCUCACUAUCUUUGUGGGGACCCGCCAUUGACAUAAUGCAUUCACUAGCCACUUACCCUAACCUUAACCAUCACAACUAAAUGCCUACCCUUAACCCUUACCCGAAUUCUAACCCUAAUCCCAAAACCAAGUCUUAACCCUUUAACAGCCCUUUAAAGUUGUGGGGUCUAGAAUUUUGCCCCACAAAGCUAUCCAGGCCCACAAGUAUGCUUUAUUCCCGGUUUUUAGACCCCAUGAAUGUAGUAACCCCCCCCCCCCCCCCCCCCCCCCCCCCCCCCCCCCAACACACACACACAAGAUUACAGACAUGUUUGCUGGCAGUGGACAAGGGCAAAUAUGUUAACAUGAACAUGGCUAACACUGUGACCAGCUAACAAACAUACCCAAUAGAUGCACAGCCACAAGCUUUCCACUAAUGGACAAAUGAAUCAGGUGCUUCCACUGGGACACUAGGGACCACGUCAGAUCAGAACACUCCUUCGUAGCUACAAAUGAGCAACAUACUUCCCGUGUAAUUUGUUUCAUACUUAACUUGUAGAAUAAAACAAACAAAAAUUGAUGUUAGCAGUGCUUU